UGAUGAAAAAUAGAAAAUGUAAAAAGAUAUAUGGCACCGAAUAUUUAGAUGAGAUUUAAGGAGUUGGGUAUAUCCGCAUUUGUCUGAAGUCUGAACCCAUCGCCAGAGAAGAAAGUGUUUAGCUUUCUCUUACUUACAUCAUCACUUGCUCGCUGUGAUAUUAUCUAACAAAUUAUUCAUUUCAUUGUUCAUACUCACUCGCACCUAACUCCGCCAUGGCUUCUCUUCCCACCACUUUCGCUAUAACCAAAUCUGCAUCCUCCAUAAACAAGGUGGACCACUCUCUGGUCAAGAUCAAACCAUACAACUUCUCUCUCAAUCUAAAUCGUCAAGGGACCAUGCAAACAUCUUUAACCAGAAGGCCUCUAACAAUUCAAGCUACGUAUAGUGAUGGUGGAAGGCCCAGCAGUGCUAGUGUAUUUGUUGGUGGGUUUCUCUUGGGAGGAUUAAUAGUUGGUACUCUUGGUUGCGUGUAUGCACCUCAGAUCAGCAAGGCCCUAGCUGGAGCUGACAGGAAGGAGUUAAUGAGAAAAUUGCCAAAGUUUAUAUAUGAUGAAGAAAAGGCUUUAGAGAAAACCCGGAAAGUACUGGCUGAGAAGAUUGAACAACUGAAUGCUGCCAUAGAUGAUGUUUCUGCUCAGCUAAGGUCAGAGGAGGCCUCAAAUGGAGUAGCUGUGAACUCUGAUGAAAUUGAAGCUGCCACAUGAGACUGCUGCAGUGAUGUCAUGGUACACAAUCGGCUAUUACUCUGUCCAGUAAAAAUCUUGUUGGUACAAAAUGUAUUUGAAUUUCUUGUAAUAUCUUUCUAUUUCUUCUUAAUAAUAAACUAAGUUGUUUUCUGUUUUUGGCCACCGCUACUGUGGGUAUAUAGUCGUACUGUUUUUAUGGCUGAUUUCUUGUGUUCUAUUGGCCAUUUAGUUAUAGUGAAAAGUUUCCAUGAUUGGCAUAAUACUGGAAUUUCUAGUUAACCUUUUCUGGUUUGUAUCUUUCUAUUGAUGAUUGCUCUAGAUAGUGAACAAUGUCACUUUGGAUUCUCCA